UCACAAAGGAGAGUAUGGGUUCUCUCUCUCUCUCUUUCUUCUCUCAGCUGGUGAGUGUUGAAGACAAGAAGGCCUAUUAAUAACAAGGGUAGCCCACUGCUUUCUCCCAUGCACUACUUGUCCUCUUCAACCACUAACACACACAUUCUCUCGCGUCAACACACCUCUCUCUCUCUCUCUCUGUUCCUUUCUCUCGUUCUUCCAUUCCAAUAAACACACACUCAUAUAUAUACAUAACGAAUACUAUACAGCAGCUUAUAAAUUAGGUGUUUCAGUUGUAGUUAGUUGAGAUCGAAAGAAGGGAAUAAUACAUAAUAAUAAAAAGUAUAAUAAUGUCAAGCAGAAGAUCUCGUUCGAGACAAUCGGGUGUGUCCACUGAGAUCACUGAUGCUCAAAUCACCGAUCUCGUUUCCAAGCUACAACAACUCAUCCCUGAGCUUCGGGCUAGGCGCUCCGAUAAGGUGUCAGCAGCUAAGGUAUUGCAAGAGACUUGUAACUACAUCAAGAACUUGCACAGAGAAGUUGAUGAUCUAAGUGAUCGAUUGUCAGAGCUUUUGGCCAACACAGACUCCAACAGUGCUCAAGCAGCCAUUAUUAGGAGCUUACUUAUGUAAUAAUAAUGCUACUACUACUAAU